CCUCGACCCCUUACGCUACUAACCACGGUCGAUCCUAUUUCUCUUCUCUGCCACAUUUUUGAGAUGGGAGACAGCGAAGAAAAACCUUGCAGCUUUAUUAAAGGUAUGGAAAUAUAAAUCAUUAUAUUUGAAAUUAAGUCAUCGAAUAGAAGCUGACAUUUGCAGCGAGCCUCCCUAAAAGCUGGCGCGUGGCGUGGUGGGUGUUGUUCUUCGGAUACAGGACACAUUUGAGAAAACGUAACCCGACCAUCGCUUUUUGAAAGACAAAUUUAAUAAUUAAAAGAAAAAUUGACUAGAAGUGGCGAGGAAGCCAUGAGAAACCUCAGGGCUUUUACAUGAUGGGAUCUCUCUUUGCCAAAUCAAGAUCCUUACAACACAAUUGAAAGUGAUAAUUGUGAUGAUCACUUUGUGAAAAUUAAUGAGUUCUUUUCCAAUUUUCAGCUGGUAAUAUCAGUACUUCCCCUGAACAACAUCAUCAUCAUCAUCAUCAUCAUUCAGCACCCCAUGGACACAGUCAUGGUGCCAACGAGCAUGGACACACCCAUGAAUUUAUGUCGAAUCCUGGCCUGUGGACAGAAAGAGACAAAUUAGUGAAUAGAUCUGACUGGAAACAAGUGAGUUUAUACACAGAUUUCUGGAGGAUUUCCCCUGUACCCCCUACCAUUAAGACAAAUCUCCUCAGCAGGCCUUAGUUGUAUUGAGGGGUGGCACAUGGCAAAAUAGGAAGCUUGCAGAGCUGCUUAGACCCAUGUUUGGAAAUGAGAAAUUAUGUCUACAGAACUCCCUACUCCUAACUAUUGCUAUGAUGUUAUUCAAAUUACUGGAUGGGCCUUGCUAGUACAAGGGCUCAAAAUAAGACUAUUACCAGUGUGAUUGCCAGCUGCUGUUUAGAAAACCUGAAAGCUUAAGACUUUCAUCACGCACAACAAUAACUCCAACCUGCCCUGGUUGACCUUUGUCUGAAACUCUUAGCUAUGUGAACAAAUCUGAGACCUCGAAAGAACAUUCAAGAAUGAAACAUUUGCAGCAUAAACAUGAUUGCAAGGCUCAUUGCAUUAAGGCUGAUGAGAUAACAAGACUGAAUGAAAAUUUUGUAAGACCUACACUUUAUCAAGGCACCAUUUUCUAUCUUCAUUAUGGGAGCUGCAGUAAAUCUUCUUUCUUUUCCUCUCUAGCGGGCUUUUACAGUAGGUAUUGGUGGUCCUGUUGGAUCAGGAAAAACUGCACUAGUCUUAGCUCUUUGCAGACAUUUAAGGGAUUCCCAUGGAGUCUGUGUUGUCACAAAUGAUAUUUUCACUAGGUAAGUGCACUGACCAUGUUUUACUGUAGAUAGCAUACAGAUUUUUUAUUUUGAUAUUAAUUACUUCCAAAUCAUUUUUUCCUUCAAAUUAACUGACUAUGAAUUUCAGGGAGGAUUGGGAAUUUCUUGUUAAAAAUGAAGCUUUACCAGAGGAAAGAAUGAGAGCUGUAGAGACAGGAGGCUGUCCUCAUGCUGCUAUAAGGGAGGUGAGGCAAAAAAUUUCUAGUUCACAGUAUAGUAUUAACCAUUUUACUCUGAUUCCUUAUUAUCCCUUAACCCUUUAACUCCCAAGAUCUGAUUCUUAAUUCUCCCCUCUAGCUGCUAUACUUUUUCUUGUAAAUUAGUGACAAGAAUUUGGUGUUAGAUCAAGAUAACAAUUUCUAGCUGAUAAAAUUGAGUAUUCCCUUUCCCCUUUUGCAGAAUAACAUAAGGAUGUUGUAGAGAGAAGUUAAAUUUUAAUCACUUUGGGUAGUUAAAGGGUUAAGGGGAUUUAUAAAUCUAUUUAUACAUAGACUAAUAACUGAAGAGAGUUUGUCAGUAUAUCAGGACAAUACCCCCCAAAGGUGAUAAGUUUGUCUUUGUUCAUUACCUGUUGGCUGACUAUUGUGUAAAAUAGAUAAAAUAGAUAAAAUAGAUAAAAUAGAUAAAAUAGAUAAAAUAGAUAAAAUAGAUAAAAUAGAUAAAAUAGAUAAAAUAGAUAAAAUAGAUAAAAUAGAUAAAAUAGAUAAAAUAGAUAAAAUAGAUAAAAUAGAUAAAAUAGAUAAAAUAGAUAAAAUAGAUAAAAUAGAUAAAAUAGAUAAAAUAGAUAAAAUAGACAUUAUAUUGUUAGAACAAGGCCCACUGGACAGUCUCCUACAAUAUCCUCUCUUUUCCCCCUUCCCCCCUCCCUCCUCACCCCCUUCCCCCCCCCCAAAGAUAUCUUUCCUCAGAUCUUCAAUUAUCACUAAAUCUGAAUAGAAAAUUGUGUAAUUACAUGGCACCAGUCUUUUACAGUAUGGACCACACCCCCAAUUUCUUUUUUUGGACCAUUGGCAGCAAAGCAGAAAAACAAAACCAGCAGAAAAAAAAUACUUGGUAUAUAUUGGUCUAUGAUGGUCCCGCUCUGUAUAAGGAAAAUUGUGCCCUUGGUCUGGUUGAGUAUGUUUUUUUCCCCAUACAGACCUCCUACACAGUAAAUAACAUAUUAAAAAUGGAUUUCUGGCUAUUCAAAUAUACCACUCAAGAAAAUCAAGGUCUUAAUAAUGUUAACGUAAGACAUCAACACAUUUGGUAGGAUUAUUCACUGAACAUGGAGGAGGUUAAAGACUUGACCAAAACAUUCCAACCAGAUCUGGUGAUAAUUGAAUCUGGUGGAGACAACCUUGCUGCUAAUUACAGCAGAGAACUGGCUGAUUACAUUAUUUACGUCAUUGAUGUUGCAGGUUAGAAUUCAAAUUAAAUUCACAUAAAGUAAAUAAGGGAGCAGAUUUUUUUUUCCAAAGUUCCUCCUUUAUUCUCUGUUACAAGCAACUGUUCUCCCUGGGUUUUCAUGCAAAACCAUGUAAAUGGUCCCUUAUAUUGUGAAAUUUUUAAGUCAUGUAACUAGCUUACCCAAGGAACACUCAAACUAUUUUUUAAGAAAGGUCCUAUGCUUGCUGACAACAGAUUUUCCAUCAAACACCCCUAUACCUAGCUUUUAAGGAGGGGGAGUGUGGAGUUUUGAUAAGCAGGUAUUCCCUUCAAUGCAUUGAGAACAAAAGCAAGCAAGAGGAUGGCAGAGAUGAGAGAGAAAUAUUGUGGAAAUGAGCAUAGUGAUGAAUGAUCCAAUGCACUGAUAACUAAAGCAAGUAAGAGGAUAGCAGAGAGGAGAUGAAAAUGUUGGGGAAAUGAGGCAUAGAGAUGGAUUAUCAGAAAAUGAUGCUAUCAGGUAGAAGGGAUGUUUUUUGAUGAUUUGUAGGGGGAGACAAAGUUCCUCGCAAAGGAGGUCCAGGCAUAACACAGAGCGACUUGCUUGUUAUCAACAAAACUGAUUUAGCAGAAGCUGUUGGAUCAGAUCUUAAGGUAGGGCUUGACUUUUUUUGUUGCUUUGAAGUUAAAUUCAGCCUCUAUUCAAAGUGACUAGUUCAAGAUUUCUGCUAAAUCAUCCUGUAUACCAGAAACAACUGCCUCCUACCUUAAAAAAUUAGGAUGGGGACUUCCCCUUUUUUUUAAGUUAUGGAAGGGGGGGGCACACAGGCUAUGCUAACUAGUAUGCAUCUUUUACCUUCAAGAAACAAAUUUUUUUUGCCAUUUAUGGUAAGGAAUCACAUGUUUAGCUUCAUCAAAGGUAAUUAUAUUUUUCUUAGGUGAUGGAACGAGAAUCUGCUAUGAUGCGCCAAGGUGGUCCAACUAUAUUUUCCCAGGCCAAACAUCUGGUUGGCGUUAAAGAGAUUGCAGAUCACAUACUUGCUGCUUACAAGGACAAUGUGAAACAUUAA